UCGCGAAAUGACGACACAUUGUUACACAACUGUCAACAAAAUUCUGUGAAAAUGUCUCAAGCAGUUAGGGCUGCAACAAAACAAGUUAGGCCAAUUCUAUCAACCGACCCGCACGAAGCUCGACGAAGAGUCCUAAAUUUGUACAAAGCUUGGUAUCGCCAAAUCCCAUACAUAGUCAAGCAAUACGAUAUUCCGAAAAGUGUUGAUAAUUUGAAAGCCAAGCUGCGAGAAGAGUUCAGGAAGAAUGACCACAUCAAAGAUAUUCGUUUGAUUGAUAUGUUGGUUGUGAAGGGCCAAAUGGAGCUGAAGGAAACGGUUAAUUUUUGGAAACAGAAAGGGACUUUAAUGAGUUAUUUCAAAGACACCGUUGAACCCAAACAAAAGGAUUUUUUGUCGAAGUUUUUUUCAGGCCAUUAGAUAAAAUGUAAUAAAGUAGUGAUAAUGUAUGCAUAAACAAAUUAAUAAAGCGAUACGAGUA